AGUUAAAAACAUUUGUUUAUGUUUGUGGUUCUGUUUACUUUUUGCUGCAUCGACGGAUAUAAUUUAGUAUUUAAGUAAAGCUAAAAUGAGCAUAAUCAUUUCAAUAAGAGAAAUGAAAUCGUCGGAUCGUUUUAAUUGUGAAAUGCUUGUGAAGGACUACAUUUUACAGUUUAUCAAUGAAGCAUUUCUGUCUUGUUUAUUCCGAGAGAUUACGCUCCAAGCUGUUGUUUUACUUUGGGCCAUCAUGUUCAUCAUAUUCGGAGUGCCACUACUGUUUUGCAUCACUUCCAUUCCGAUUGUCAUUGUCUUUAUGUACUUUUGCGUCUACGCCACAUACUGGAAGUGUGCUAUGGAGAUGUCAAUUGUUCCAGUAGAACAAACAUGGGUAGCCGAGUCAUAUGAACCGCUAUUCCUAAGACAAGAAAAAGAACAAAUGGACUAUGUCGUCGUCAACGAAGAUAUGCUGCUGACACGAUAUCCAAAUGCUAAAAGUCUACGACGGAAUUUGGUUGGAACGAUCGGUCUGACUACCCACAGAUUUCUCGAUAAUUGCGGUUGGAUCAAUCGAAUGGCAGUCAAUCCAAAAUACUCAUUCCAUAAAGUCGGUGAACCGUUGGUCACUUGUCUGUUGGAAUUUUGUGUGAAUAAAGGUAUUUAUACCGUUGAGUCAACGAGCACUGAAUGCCAAUAUACGAAGCGCGAAUUGCUAUUGAAAAUGGGAUUUACGAUGAAACAGAUAUAUCACAAGCAAAUAAUCGGCAGCAGCGUACAGUACAUGAAAUCUCAACUCGGUAUAAAUUUAGAAGAUUGGAUUCAGAGCAAACGAAAGUAGAUUGCAUACUUUACUGGUAAUAGUGCGAUACCAUCCAUUUGUCCACGAUCAAGUGCUGUUAUUUUUAAUAGACCAUGUCAUAUAAUGAACU